AAAGUAAAAAAAAAAAAAACAGCGGACAAAACAAGCAAAUCGCAGAAAGUAAAAAAGUGGCACUGCAACCUUCAAAUAUUCUGUUUAGAGAGAAAAAGAGAGAGCAAAUAGAAGCUGUUAAAAAAAAAAAAAAAAUUCUCGAAAUUAAUUAUUUUGUGAUAUCUUCUUGGAAAAUUAAAAUCAGUGAGCUCAACGGAAUUACAGGUUUCCGGUGAGAUUCCGUUAGCUUCUAAUUUUCUGAAAGAUUGAGAUUCUGGUGGCUUACUCGUCUUCUUUUAGUUAUGUAAGUGCAAGCUGAGCUUGGAUGGUCUUGAGACGGAAAAGGCUUAAUUGCAUUGGACUCUAGAGGCACAACUCCUUCCUCAUUCUUUCCUCCUCCUUGUCCUGUAGAUGUCAGUACCUUGUGUUCUAGAAGGGGGAUCAGAUGCUUAUUACAAUGACAGUAGAGAAAGAAAAUCAGACUGUGAGAAUUCAGAGGAUGAAACACGAAGAUUCAGAAUUGGUGCUUUCAGGAAAAAGGCAAUCAAUGCUUCCAACAAGUUCACUCGCUCCCUCAGAAAAAGAGGAAAAAGGAAAGUUGACUACAGGUUUCCUUCAGUUCCGAUAGAGGAUAUACAUGACGCAGAGGAAGAGAAUGCUGUCUAUGAAUUGCAUCUACAACUUCGUGACAAGAAUUUGUUGCCACCCAUACAUGAUGACUACCAUACCUUGUUGAGAUUCUUGAAGGCAAGAGAUUUCAACAUUGAGAAAACUAUUCAGAUGUGGGAAGAAAUGCUUAACUGGAGGAAAGAAUAUGGAGCAGACACAAUAUUGGAGGAUUUUCACUUUGAAGAGUUGGAAGAAGUCCUGCAGUAUUACCCACAAGGAUAUCAUGGAGUUGACAGGGAUGGAAGGCCUGUGUAUAUUGAAAGGCUUGGACAAGCUCAUCCAAACAAACUAAUGCGAAUCACCACAAUUGAUCGCUACAUGAAAUAUCAUGUCCAAGAGUUUGAAAGGGCCCUACAUGAGAAAUUCUCUGCAUGUUCUAUUGCAGCAAAGAAAAGGAUCUGCUCAACAACUACAAUUUUGGAUGUGCAAGGCCUUGGAGUUAAAAACUUCACCAGGACAGCUGCUAGUCUUUUGGCAGCCAUGGCAAAAGUUGAUAACAGUUAUUAUCCUGAGACAUUGCACCGGAUGUUUAUUGUCAAUGCUGGCCCUGGCUUCAAAAAGAUACUUUGGCCUGCAGCACAGAAAUUUCUGGAUGCAAAGACUAUUGGCAAAAUACAGGUUCUGGAACCUAAAUCUUUGGGUAAACUGCUUGAAGUGAUUGACCCUAGUCAGUUACCUGACUUUCUGGGUGGCUCUUGUACCUGUUCUGUUGAGGGUGGCUGCCUCAGGUCUAACAAGGGUUCAUGGAGUGACCCUGAAAUAAUGAAGCUUGUACAUAACUUAGAGGCAAAAACUGGGAAGCAAAUAUCCGGAAUAUGCAGUGACCAAAGGAGAAUUGAUUCCUAUAAACAGAUACGGCCACUAAAGGGAAGAAUUAACGAAACAUCAACAGCUGAAUCAGUAUCAGAUGUUCAUGACCAGUGUUUCGGACCAAGUAGCAGUUCAAUUCCACAGCUGUCCUCACUUGACGAAAAAGCAAGGGAAACGAAUUCUACCCCCUACUGUAGUUGUGAUGAUCAAUUCAGCCCAGGUGAACAAGUUGAUGUUAAUGAACAUAGCUUGAUAUGUUGCCAAGAGCCUCCAGAAUGCAAUUUGACGAAUUUGUCCAUUAAUGCAGGACCAAAUUCUCAAGGUACAUUGGUGAUUCAUUGGUUUGAAAUGAUCCAGGAAAAGGUUCUGAACAGAUGUACCCAGUGCUUGGAAAGGAAACUGAUUCCUUUCUUACUCAAACUCUCUGGAUUGAUUCGUAGUGUGUUCUUUGAGUAUUGGAGGAAACAGGCAAAUGUUUCCCGCACUAGUGCAUUAGAAGAAAGGCAAGAAAGCAGUUCCUGUGAAGCUGUUCAUAAAGCAGAUGGGGCUCUUCCAUGCAUGGAGCGUCUUCGUAGACUGGAAACAUUGUUUGAAGAAAUAAAGAGAAAGCCUGCUGAGAUCCCAGUAGAGAAGGACCAAAUGAUCCAGCAAUCAAUGGAAAGGAUCAAGUCAGUGGAGAUGGACCUCGACAAGACAAAAAGGGUGUUGCAUACUGCAGUAGUGAAGCAACUUGAAAUUGCAGAAUUGUUGGAGAACCUACAACAAUCGAGAUUUCAUCAGCGGAGGUUAUUAUGUUGAAUAUGAGAGGGUUGAGAUCCCUAAUAAAAGAAAUGCGACGUGAGUUUUGACUGCCAACCAUUCGGUGAAGUGUAGAUGCUGGAGCUUCUGCACUUUUGAGUACAUUUGAUCCUUUUACACAGAACUUGCAGUAUGUCUCUUUCAAGAUGUUCAUUAUACUAAUAAUGUCAAAAAAGGAAAAGCUUAAAGGAAACUUUCUAUUAUAAACAGUCUCAAAUAUAAUGUAGUAUAUAUGUC